UAGAUGUGUAGUAACAGACAUUUGUGUGAGAUGUUGAAAGUCAAGUAGGAGAUAAUAGGCCGAGAAGUUCUGAAGACUAUUAACAGCCCUCUUAAGAACAAAGCUGGCGAAUAUACUGCAAAAUGUUCGGUUUGGAAUUAAACAGGAAGACGUGUCUCUGUGCCAUAGUUGCGUGCAUUAUAUUUUCAAUACCAGUUUACAGAUCGUUAUUGCAAAAUAACCACUUGGAAACGCAAAAAAAACUUGAUAGCGAUCGGACUAGUCGCCUUCCUCUUCAAAUUAACAUUGAUGAUCUCGCAAAAUCAGGAACGAACGAAAAGAUAACAAUUCUGGCAAAAUUCAUCCUUAGCGCACAAAAACACGUCAGAGGAUCGAAAACUUCGCAAUAUUUGCGUGAUGCUGUAUCUGUUUUAAAUAGUAUACUUAGAGAUAUAAAUGUUGACUCACAAAAAGUGUUUGAAAGAUUUAACAUGAAACCCUUACAUAUUUGUUCAGAAACUUUCAAAGGUGCUGGUUUCGGAUUUGUGACCGACAGAUGUGAUUAUGGCGUAUCUUUAUCAAGUCUUGUAACUGUAAUCAAAUAUAUUAUUGUAAAACCAGAUGAUGUAGAAUCUAAGGGGGCUGAACUAGAUCAAUUUCUUUCCUCUGUAUAUGAAACAAUGAACAAUAUUAGUACUUUAAUAGCAGUAAAAUCUGCUAAGUUUCCAAAUUAUCUGAAAUCAAAAUAUCCCUUGGUCAACAUAUUUCAGUUAAAUGGUAAAUCAGAGGGAGAGGCGCUAAACAAAUUAAUGAAAAAGGUGAACACACCGUAUGUUUUAGUCGCAAGGAAUACAGAUACUAUAACAAAUGAUUCUAGAUUAGAACGACUGAUAAGAGAAAUAGAAAGUUUGAAUGUGGUCGCUGCUGGAGGCUCAAUUCGUGAUUCGAAUGGAUAUUGGACAAAGGGUUGUUUUCAAAUUGUUUAUCGAAAUUAUACUUUGAAAUAUAUUGAAGGUUAUGACGAGUCUUUCCACGAGUGUGUGUUUUGUGAUUAUAUACAGGGACCUUUUGUUACAACAACCAGUUACUUGAAACAAAAUAUGUUUCAAGAGUUUGACGAAAACAAUGGAUUAUACGAAGACUGGUUUCUCCAACUUUUCCAAAAAGGAAAAGAAACUGUGGUGUGCCCGGACGCAAUGUUUUAUGUCAAUAAUCAAAUUGAAAUUUUGCAUUCAAAUUUGGCAAAGUUUGCACAAAAGUGGGACCUAUACAAAGUGAUUACACCUAAAGGCAUUGAAUUUACUCGAGUGUGUGAGAAUCAAAAAACUUCAAGUAGGCCCUCACAAUCACUGUCGCUAUGUACUUUGCAGAAUGUAAGUAAUGGCAUAAAGACUAUAAUGCGAAUUUGUGAAGAAACCGGUGUCAUAUGUGAACUCCAAGAAGGCACUUUGUUAGGUGCUGUAAAGUUUGGAAAAGUUCUCCCGUGGGAAUAUGACUUCGAUAUAAAAUUUCUAGCGACAAACUGUUCGAAAUGCAAGAGACUUGAAAGUGCUUUCAAGAAGACACCAGAAUUGGAAGUUGCUAGUUUUUCAUCCUUCUGUUGCACUAACAAGAGUAAUACAAAAGAUUUUUCCUCCAAUUACCAAGGUUUCUACGGUGAUUUUUUAGGAACACAUGUCUUGGACAGUGAUACACUUAUCAAAGCCGGUUUUCCACCAACGAAAAUAUUGUUUGAUGGACAAUGGGUAAAUGUUCAAAGAAAUCCUGGACUAUCCAUGAGAAAUAGGUACGGCAAAGAAAUAUAUCAACAUGUUGAACACUGGAGGUUUACUGGAAACUACACAAAAAAAAUAUUUUUGACAUGCAAAGAGCAAGGUAGCCACGACUGUUUGGAUAGAUAUAAAGCCGAUGGCGAUUUGCCAUUCAAACAAAUAUUUCCAUGACGCUUACUUGAGUGUUACAUACUAUUAUUUAGGAAAAUGGCAUCUUCAUGCGUCCAUAAUGUUAGUUAAAAUGUGGUAUUCACUUUCAUAACAAUUUUAAUUUGUGCUGUCAGGUUUUAUAUUGUAUACGAAUAAAAUAUUUCUUGGAAUUUC